AUGGUGAGUUUGAUCACAGUAAUGCCUUACUGGAUUGCUCUGCUAGUUGAGUUAGCCUUUGUGUACAAUGUGCAUCUGGCUUUGGGACUUUCCAUGGGAAUCUCAGCUUGCAGACUUCUUAUGAUUAUCCAAUUUGACAAGAUGAUCCAGUUUGAACCAGAGAAGUUUUGCCAUAGUCUGCUGACUGCUCUACUCAUCCUGACUGUUGUAAUUAUUGGAUACCCUGCAUAUUAUACUAUCUCCAGAGGCGUGGUUGGGGUAUUAAUUGGACUUUUAACUGGAUUAGAUAGUUCCUCAACUGUUGGUGCCGUUCAAAUAAGUUUUAUAAUACUGUUGGCUGUUACUGUUAUUACAACAGUUGGUUCGUAUCUGUAUGGCAAGUACUACCUGAAGAAGCACCAUUCCACUAACAGGAAACCAACUAAAAUAAUUUAA